AUGAGCGGAGCAGUCGCUGGUGCUUUGCGCAUUUCGAUUCCAUUCGAGACGCGACCGCGAUCUCGUGCUGGCGGACAGAUGUCACUGUUCGUGGACAAGUACCGGCCGAAGCAGCUUAAUGAUCUGCACUAUCACCAUGACCUGUCCCGGAGAAUACAAGCUCUUGCCGAAUCAGGACAGGACUUCCCUCAUCUGCUCUUCUAUGGACCAUCAGGAGCUGGCAAGAAGACGAGGAUCAUGUGCACCUUGCGGGAGCUCUACGGUUCUUCAGCGGAAAAGCUCCGUAUCGAUCAAAGAGUCUUUGUGACGCCCUCGCGACGCAAGCUGGAUGUCAAUGUAGUCCAAUCGAAUUACCAUAUCGAACUUACGCCAAGUGACGUGGGCAUGUACGACCGCUCUGUCGUGCAAGAGAUCCUCAAGGAGAUUGCGCAAACCCAACAAGUCGAUGUCAAUGCGAAGAAGCGAUUCAAAGUGGUCGUUAUCAACGAGGCCGAUCUGCUCAGUCGCGACGCUCAAAGUGCUUUGCGUCGGACGAUGGAAAAGUAUACGACCAAUCUGAGGCUAAUCCUGUGCGCCAAUUCGACAAGCAAGAUUAUCGGUCCCAUCAGAUCGAGAUGUCUGUUGCUUCGCGUAGGCGCACCCACAGAUGACGAGAUGGUCAAUGUGAUCAAUCAUGUCGCCAAGAAAGAACGCUUCGAGAUUCCUCGCUCGGCCGCACUUGCAGUCGCUCAAAGUGCAUCUGGCAAUCUGCGGAGAGCCUUACUUGCUCUUGAAGCGCUGCACACACAAGAUCCGACGUUCCAGUCUGCUUCGGUAGCCGGCAAAGCGACGAGCAAGAUCGUGCCGAUGCCAGAUUGGGAGGAGUACUGCGGCAAAGUCACGUCGACCAUCUUGACGAGUCAGACACCUCAGCAGCUUCUCGCUGUGAGGCAGAUGCUCUACGAAUUACUCGUGCACUGUAUAACACCGCAAUUGAUACUGUCGACGAUCACACGAAAUCUUGUCGAGCGCGCGGACGAGGCUCUGAAGCCAGAGAUUGUGCACUGGGCGGCCUUCUACGAUCACAGACUCAAGCUUGGCACGAAGCCCAUCUUCCACCUAGAAGCAUUUGUUGCGAAGGUGAUGAGCUUAUGGAAGAGCCACCUUGCGGGCUACUUGGACUGA